AUGUCGAAAAGAUUGAUCGCUCCCGCACUAGCCACCGUCUGCGGAAUUGCCACAGGCAUCUCGGUAUUCCAACCAGAGUUUCAGAAGCAAGCAGCAGAAAGAGAAGGAAAGAAUGUAGAGGAAUUCCAACAAGCACACGGUGGAGCCAUCCCACCAACAAAACAUGACCCUGCGAUUCCAGCCGUAGACAACGACAGAUCCAUCGGAGCAGAAGUAAAACAACACCUUCAAGAAGCAAAAGAGGAGGCCACAUCAACGAUACAACACGCUAAGGAUCAUGCAAAGACAGAAGUUGCUCCCAAGAAGGCUUGGUGGGGCCUAGGUUUCUUUGGAGCCAGUCAAGGUGGUGAGGAGAGUCCGAGGGAGAACGGCAAGACGAAUUGA